AUGAGUACGACAAAAGCGCUCGUUAAUAUCCGCCCAGGCCACGCUGAGGUACAGGAUAUCCCUGUGCCAGAGCUCGAGCCUGGCUACAUUAGAGUCAGACCCACUGCGUGGGCUAUGAACCCAGACGAUGCUUACCACCUUGGCCUAGAAGGUGAGGAGAGCUGCUCUGGUACUAUCGUUGGAACGGACUAUGCAGGUGUUGUUGUAGAGGUUGGACCUGGAGUGGAGAGGGACUUCAAAGUUGGGGAUCGCAUUGCUGGCGGUGUCGUCGGGCAAAACAUUCUGCGGAAGCAUGAUGGUGCUUUUGCGCACAUGAUUCAUGUCCAGGGAGAUAUUCAGAUGAAGAUCCCUGAUAAUAUGAGUGACGAAGAUGCUGCAACUCAGGGUGUUGCGCUCAUCCACGAUGAUGCACCAGCAAAGGAGCCCUUCCAUAUCUUCAUCUAUGGUGGCAGUACAGCCAUGGGGAUCACAGCAAUCCAGCUCGCAAAGCUCGGUGGUGCUACAGUCAUUACUACUUCGUCACCAAAUAACGCAGAUUACGUAAAGUCCCUGGGUGCCGAUCACGUCCUAGACUACAAGUCUCAAACUCUGGUCGACGACAUCCUCAAAUUAUCAGGCGGUCCCAUUCUCCACGUCUUCGACACCCAUCCCAACUUGACCAGCAUCACAACCUCUGCCGCAAUCCUCCAAAAAUCCCCCUCCGCGAUCUACAUCGCCCUCAACCCCGGCCUGGAGCGCGAAGUCAAACGCCUCAACCCCGACGUCACAGCCGAAUCUAUCCUCGCAUACUCAGCCACCGGCAAUCCGUGGAUGUACGAGAACAAGUUUUAUGAGGCCGUGCCAGCGGACUUUGCAUUCCAGAAGAAGUUUGUUACAGUGGCCGAGAAGCUCAUCCAAGGGGGACUAGUCAAGCCGCCUCGUGUUUUUCUGAACAGAGGGGGCAGUGGCUUGGAGGGCGUUUUGAGGGGACUCGCUGACGUGAGGGACGGGAAGGUCAGUGGCGGAAAGCUUGUUUAUUCGCGGGAAUGA